AUGGAUCCCGUCAAGUACAUCUUUGAAAAGCCCUCUCUCACUGGACGGAUCACUCGGUGGCAGAUUCUAUUUUCAGAGUUUGAUAUUGUUUAUGUCACUCAGAAGGUGAUGAAGGGAAGUGCCUUGGUAGAUUACCUGGCUCAACAGCCCAUGAAUGACUAUCAGCCUAUGCAUCCAGAAUUCCCUGAUGAGGACAUUAUGACCUUGUUUGAGGAGGAAGUAGAGGAUGAAGACAAGGACAAAUGGAUCGUUGGGUUCGACUGCAGAAACAACAUAGCUGAGUAUGAGGCAUGUGCCCUUGGGACCCAAGCGGUGAUCAACUUCAAGGUCAAGUUGCUCAAGGUAUACGAGGACUCGGCCUUGGUAAUUCACCAGCUGAAGGGUGAAUGGAAGACCAGAGACCAUAAAUUGGUGCCUUACCAAGUUUACAUUAGGAAGUUGAUAGAAUUCUUUGAUGACAUAUCUUUUCAUCACAUUCCUAGAGAGGAAAAUCAGAUGGCCGACGCCCUCGCCGCCCUAGCGUCCAUGUUCCAACUAAGCCCGCAUGAAGAUUUGUCGUACAUCGAAUUCAUAUGUCAUGGAAAUCCUGCACAUUAUUGCUUAAUAGAAGAAGAAAAGGAUGGUAAGCCUUGGUACUUCGAUAUCAAACAAUACAUUGAAGACAAGGAAUACCCGCCUGAGGCCUUUGACAACGACAAGAGGACAUUGCGAAGGUUGGCGGCCAGCUUCUUCCUGAGUGGAAAUAUCUUAUACAAGAGGAACCAUGACAUGGUAUUGCUUCAAUGUGUGGAUGCCAGAGUGGCUGAGCAAAUGCUAAUAAAGGUGCAUGAAGGAUCCUUUGGAACGCAUGCCAAUGGACGUGCCAUGGCCCGAAAAAUUCUAAGAGCGGGGUAUUACUGGCUCACUAUGGAGAGUAUUGUUGCAUCCAUGAGAGGAAAUGCCAUAAGUGUCAGGCCUUCGCCGAUAAUGUUAAUGCUCCACCCAUACCUUUGA